CGAAGAGUGACGGCGGACUGUCUCCUCGAGGCUACUACUUGUCCGCUCAAUAGAUGGCGUAUUUGCUUCCUGCCUCAAGCUCAAGCUCUACGCCGGGAAAAGCGGUUGUCAUUGUUGUCAUGUACGCCAUGACUGAGGUUUGAAGUGCUAAUGGUGAAAACGCGAUAUGAUGGAGAUAUGCCGUUUAUGGUGAAAUGUUGGUGUAGAGUCAUUGUAUAUUUCCAUUCACGACUGAAACGAAUUUUUCAUCUCGAAAUGCUCACCGGGUGACACAGGCGAAGGGAUUUGCAGAUAGCGUGUUACGUGUGAGUUAUCCUGUAAUAAAUAAGUGCAAUUUCGACAGCGAGAAAAAUACCGCGACAAUAUAACAUAGAAAAGUAAAUGACAAACUGUCACUUCUGAUUGCCCUACUGAUGAAAACGCAUAUGCCAUAAAUAAUUGAAAAUAUAAAUCUGCCAUAUUUCCGUGGACAUUUUCACGGCCAGGAAAUAAAUCAGAUAUAAGAAUCAAAGCUAAAUAAGACCACGAAGAAAGAAUCCCCGUUGUCGACAUUGCAGAAUCAUUGUGUUCUUCUAGAAGGAAAUUUAUUACGAGCUUCGAGAUAAGCAGCUGCCCGACGUCUUACCUGCUGCGAUGGAGGCCAAAGAGAGGGCGUACUCGAUGGGGUCGACCGCCAGCCAAGGUCAGACUCCAAGCCUCGUCAGCGUCCCCUCCAGGCGGAUGUCGGUGUCGUCCUCCAUGACGUCCAGGUCGAGGAAGAUCUCCAGAAUUGAAAUGGUGAACAUGCCGGGGGGGGCGAUGCUGCUGGAGGUGGAGGAGCGGGAGGACGACACCGUGUCCAUUCUGAGCCGAAGGGACAGCCUCUCCGGAGCUCUCACGGUCGGGGGCGUCGCUCCCUUGCCCGACACCGCCUACUUCGAUAAGAAAAUUAAGAUCGAGAUGGCUCACCAUAGUCCAGCCGUCGGGAGCAAUCCAGGAGAAGACUCUGGCGACGAGGGCGAAGGAGACACGGCCACGGACGCCGUGAACGAGGAGAGCAAGAAGGACAAAGACCCCUUACUGAGCUACGGUCUCUCCAACGUCCUCAACCACCUGUGUCUCGCCCUGGCCUCUCCGGCCUUCUUCAGGUUGCCGGCCCUCGCCUACAAAUGGAGCAGCAAAACUGGCUCUGGUUUCUUCUUAGUGUACUGCAUCAUGCUCCUUGUGGUGGCGUUGCCGAUCAGCGUCCUCGAACAGACGAUGGCUCAGUUCUCGUCUCUGGGCACCGUGACCAUCUUCAGGUGUCUUCCUCUCCUCACUGGUGUGGGCGUUGGCAUGAUGGCGGCCUGCAGCGUCCUCAUGGUUUACACAAGCACUGUAUUCACCUGGAGCACGCUCUAUCUCUUUGACUGCAUGCAUCCGAAAUUACCUUGGGAAGAGUGCACGAAUGGAACGAAUUAUUGUGUGGAAUUUGAGAAAUACACCCUGGGAGCCACAGACGCGAGAAAGUACCUUCCGAAUGAUUUUUACUUUCUAGAUAGCGUGGCGCAGGUGUUCCAUCCCCGAGGCGCCUUCUCCCCGAACUUAUCUCUGGCUCUCAUCCAGCUGUUUCUGUGGCUCGCCCUCGUGAUCCUGGUGUCGCGGCGGAAGGUGUGGCAGAGCGGGAUUUUCAGCAAGGUCGUGGCCCUCCUCACCCUGGCCAUGCUGGUGGCCUUGGUGACGGUGGGUCUGACCUCUAGGGAGAGCGGCGCUGGACUUUACGCCGUCUUUAAGUUGCAGCCGAGCAAUUUGGCAAAACCGGAUAUUUGGUUGGAUGCCUUGGGGCAGGCAGUGUGGACACUUGGCCCUACUCUUGGCAUCCUCAUCUCCAGAGCCAGCUAUAAUCGCUUCCGAGAGAGGAUCCGCCUGGACGCUUACACAGCCGUGGGAGUCAACAUCUUCGUGGCUCUGCUGUUGCACUUGGCUCUGUUCCCUUUCCUUACGUCUCUGGUGCCGACCGACUCGUCUCUGGUGUCUGACAAAAGCAAGUCUUCGAUGGUCAUGUCGGGGGGUCGUUGGGAUGGCGAAUCAUAUCUGAACUAUGAAUCAGUAACAUAUGUAGUCAAUAACAAUCAGUUCUACAUUCAGGCAGUGUUCAGCAACAUCCGUGAGUCCGAUGAUUGGGUAAAUGAUGACCUUGGCGAAGACAACCCAAUUGUAGCUAUUGCUAGAGAAAAUGGUAGCGAUAUUGAUUUAUUCUCCGGAGAUAUCAUGAAUGUGGAUGGUUCCAGACCCAGAACAUCAACAACAAUGGACAACUUUUUAAGAACUCUUUCAUCACAUAUUCAAGUGGAUGUAGGGGACUUGUCCAUAGAGGAACAUGCACACUAAGCUAUGGGUUAAGGUAGGAGGGUGGCUAGUUCCUUUCUGCCCUGACUUUGAUCCCAGCAUGCAUAUGUCAGCAUGCUGUCAGUACUCACAGUAGUGUCGACUAAGAGGGGGGACCAGGCAUAAACCAAGGACCUUACAACUGAAAAGCCAGCACUCUACCAAUGAUCAGUGCCAUCUCUAACAGGUAGAAUAAUAUUGUACAAUCUAACAGCUGUAAUGAUUUAGGCCAACUCUGUUAUAAUACUUGAACUAAGCUAAGGUCAUAUGGGUCAGUGUCAUAAAAAACAUUGAAUCAGACUGCCUGUUUUGGUAUCAUAUUUGAAAUACUGCAUUGUUUAAAAAUUAUCCCUCUGACCCUAAUUAACCCAUAGCUUAUCCUGUCUCUAAGUAUAGAUAUAGUUCCUAUAAAAUGCAUUAAUAUUGGUCAUCAUUGUAUUUUCCCCUAAGAGUUGAUAUCAUACAUUGUAAACCAUAACUUUAGUGGUCUAAUCACAGAUCAAAAUGUUAUAAUGAAUGAUUAAAUUCCUCUGAUAAAGAAUGACUCCUCAACCAAACAAAACAAGGAAAUCUUUUACUGUUUUUGGUAGCAUAGCUGGGAGGGAAGCAUUUUUCACCACUCACAAGCUUCCAAUGAUGCCUAUAUAUUUACCUAAAAAGAUAUAGGAAGGCCCUCAAAAACAGCUUAGACACCAUUGUGUCUAGCUAUACCACUCUCCACCAGAAUCAGCAUAGAAAUACUAAUGUACAAAAUAAACCUACUUCCAUAGUGA